AUGCAAGAAAUCAUUUGGCUGUUUUUAUUUUUGAAUAAAAAUGAAGCGAGCAGAAUAAAAUGCGAUGAAGUUGCACAGAGAGUUUGUACCGGAGAAGAAAUUGAAGUCAACGAAAAGGUUUAUGGGCUCGAAAAUUGCUACAAGCUUUGCGAUGAAAAUGAGGAGUGCGCGUUUUUUGGUUAUGUCUCAGAUAUUUUCCAAGCCGCGAUGAGAUGCGGAAGCCAGUGCAAAUACAAUCUCUACGACUGCUUGCUUUACAGAGCAGAUGCUUGCCGCGAAAUCGAAGAAGAUCUGGCCAUCAAUACUUACGAAAAAGCGGCCUGUUCUCUCGCUGAAUCGAACCGGGAAAAGACUUGCUACGGACUGCGGCUUUAUGACGGCUCAAUAAAAAACAGGACUUAUGAAGAAAACGGCUGCUGGAUGAAAACGGCGGAAGAUGGGAAGUGCAAGAUUCUCAAUCCGGAGUGCGUGGUGACUGACUGCUCGAGUAAUACUUUCAAUACGAAGAUAAGAAUCGAUGUGUUCACGGAAAACCCAGAAAAAGACUGGCCAACGCUGAGGGGAGAAUUUUCCAAUCAAGCCCUGGAAUCCUGCGACAAUAAAGCCGAUGCAUUUUCAAUUUCAUACAACGCAACAACCAAAUUCAUUGAAUUUUCCCAGCGAACCGACUGUUCAGGAAUCACGACCGGAGGAGAAAUCGACGCUCUCUUUUUCUUCUACAAUUUCGACUUCUCCGUCUUCCCGGAUUCCAAACACGAUCCAACUCAAGUCGCGGGAAACGGAGAUUGGAAGCUGUAUUUUCACGAUGAUCCAAAAGUCAAUUUGCGACUUCAAUGCGCAGUUUUAGACAGAUUCUCGGAAAAAAGUGAACUUGAAAAAUCGCUGAAUAUUUCGACUUUUGAAACGCUCAGAAGCAGAGUUCCCAAUCAUUUUAUUUUUAAAAAAGUGGAUAAAUCAAGCAAGAACCUUCCUGUCAUUUUGAUUCAUUUUAAAUAA